AUGAGAAGGAAGCUAGGCCAGUGCCAGUUAGCAGAGAAGUCUUGGCUGCUGUGGAAGUCCUCUGGCCUGGGACCCUGGAGGGAGCUAGAGAAGUGGGAGGGUGGCCGGGGUGGGAGGUGGCCCCGGCGUGUGUGGACACCCAGAUUCGCAGUAGCCCUGGGGGCCAGAGCCGUGCAGCCCGGGUGCAUUUUGGCCCCGUGGCCGCGGGGUGGAGCCCGAGGACUGCAGACGCCCGAUCUAGGGCGCCAGCCAGGCGGGAGGGAGCGGCGCGCCGAGUCCUCAGUAGCCUCUGCGUUUCCCCGGGGGCUGCGGGGCUCCGGGUGCGGGGGAGACCCGGAUACCGCAGAACAGCGGGAGUCUCCGCGCUCUUCCUCCGCGCAGACGAUCGCGGGUCCCCUGGUCCGAAAGGUUCACCGGGCGCUGCGGGACACGGGACCGCGCCUCCGUCUGCAGCGCUCCGGCUGCAGAGAGGGCAAGGGGCCUGGGGACCCAGUUCUGGACAGUCUCCCCGACAGCCUGGAUCACUCAUCCUCUCCAUCUCAUAGGUAUGAAAUGUGUCCCUUGGAUGACCAUCUGGAAAAGGAAGUCCUGACCGAGGGGAGGACAGAGAAGGAGCUGCGUGGGCUGGAAGAGCCCGCAAGGGGAGAAGGGAAGGCAGCAGAGCACUUGAGAUGACUCUGAUCUGUCCAGGGUGCUGACAACUCACAAGCCAUGCUACCGAACAGGUUGGAAAGAUUUGAUGCUAAUUAUGAAAUUAGCUCCAGUGGCUUUAUGACUCCCGGUCUCAAGAAGGGUCCAAACUCCUCCCUCACCCUGGUGAAAAUAAAGUUUAAGACAUAAUGUCUUAGACCAAAUAGACUAGAAU